UCCGACAGUCAGUGAAUGCAGCCGGUGGUUUGGGUUACUCCUCAAACGCUUUCCAAGAUGCUAAGGCAAAAUACUCUCCUUAGGUGUCAAUGUAAAGAACAGCUCGCCCUGAAAAACACUGUAUAACACAGCCGGUUCACGAUGGAUGAAGAAGGCCAGGGGCAGACAUGUCAGCUCCUGGACUUGCCCUGGGAGGAUGUUCUCGUUCCACACAUUUUGUCCUAUUUACCGCUGCAGCACAUUGUCAGACUGCAGAGGGUGAGCAAGCACUUCCACAGCCUCGUCCAGGUGUAUCUGGCCAACUGCAGGACUUUUAACUUUUCCGUCAUUGGAGCAAGCAUCCCAAAGGAAGCGUUUCAUGCAAUGUUAAAAGACAAUAAAGUUCUCCAGAACCUGUUCCUUCAGAACUGUUCAGAUUGGGUCACAGACAAGGAAUUGCUUCCUGUUAUCAGCCAAAACCAGCAUCUGCAGAGGGUAGACAUGAGCAGCUGUGCCUCCCUUACCCGCCACUCCUUGGUGGCCGUGUCCUUGACCUGCACGCAUCUCCAGCAUCUUGGCCUGGCUCACUGUGAGUGGGUGGACUGCCUGUCUCUGCGCAGCCUGGCUGACCACUGUGGAGGGCUUCGGUCGAUCGAUCUCACUGCCUGCCGCCAGCUGAAGGACGACGCCAUCUGCUACCUGGCAAAAAAGUGUUCCGAGCUCAAGUCGCUGUCGUUAGCGGUCAAUGCCAACAUUACGGACGAGUCGGUGGAAGAAGUGGCCAAGAAUUGCAGGGGUCUGGAACAGCUGGAUCUGACAGGUUGUCUGCGAGUCAGGAACCAGUCGAUCAGGACUGUUGCAGAGUAUUGCCCAAAGCUGCAGUCCCUGAGGGUAAAUCACUGUCACAACGUGACAGAGUCGAGCCUCGAUCCUCUGCGGAAGCGCAACGUUUUGAUUGAUGUUGAGCCACCUUUACCGAGGGCUCUGGUGCUUCUUCAGGAUAUGCUGGGCUUCGCUCCUUUUAUCAAUCUCCAGAUCUAACCACAGGGAAAUAUUAGGAACAAGCCCACAAAGCGAGGCGACUGACGGCGGUCACUUAAACCGAUAUCACACGAUGCACGGUGUUUGAAAAAAUGAUUUGAUGCUCCAGGAAAACGACGCAAGUUUGAUUUUUGCAACUCAAAGAAGGAAGCCACGUUUGCUUUUUAGCCUUGCUGUCUUAUCCAAAACAUUACUGCACCUUUUCUUCACUUGAUGUUGUAAGAGCGCUUUUUUAACCAAAAGUAUGGCUUAUUGUUUUGUUGUUUGUUCAAAACAAAAUGCAAAAGCUAAAAAUGAUCUUAUGUUUCAUUUAGAAACAUUAAAAAUGUUUGAGUUUAAUUAAACAUUUUAUUUUGCAUGUGUUUAGCAGCUAAAAUGGUUAGUUCACCCAAAGCACUCAAAAACAUUCCCAAGGCACUCACUGCUUUGUGAGAUAUUUGUUUUAAUUUAUUUAAGGUUUUCAUUUCUGCACUAAGGUGAAUGCAGUGUUUGCGUUGCCACUGAUGACAUGUCUUCUAGAAACAGCUAACUUUAACCUGCAGUUUCAUGAUGAAAACGGAGACUUUUAGCCAGAUCAGAAGCACUCAGAAAUAAUUCAAUCAUUAUGCAUAGUUUUUGUGAUGUGAUUGAAGUGUGUUUAAAACAUAAGAAGUUAUUCAGACUUUUUCCCUGUAAGUCUCUCAAUAGGUUUUAUAAGAACUUGCUAAGUAGUUGAAUUAUGUAAGCAAAAAAAACAAAAUCACCCAAAAUAAUUUGUGUAUUAAUUCGCUGUAAUUUAUAGAGCAAAUGAACAUUUUUUGUGUAUAUUAACUAAUCGUUGUCUUUUUUUAACCUGCAGGCUACAAAUUAAAGUGUUUUCUGUUAGUUUUUA